AUGCCACCCCCAGUACAUCGCGAUAGAAUUCUCAACAACGCGACUAGCAGUUACAACCUGACGAAAUUCCAACCCCAUCUAAAGUACUGCACCCUCAAUUUGAACUCGAAAACUUCAAUCGAAUAUGUGUGCUACACUUACGAAGUUUGCUGUCUACAAGGAUGCUGCGCAGGAUAUUCAAUGAGAAACGUGCAGUCUUGGCAAUUUUGGAGUCCCAUAGUGUUCUUCGUUGUUCUCGUCUAUUUUCUAUCGCAGUUCUGCAUGGGUGCCGAAAAGAGGAGGAAUCAUCAUCAACAGCAGAUGCUACACCAACAUAACAGAAGACGUUGUUUCGCUCAGAAUAUCGUCCCAAUGCCCCAUCAACCUGUUCGGAACGAGAUCGAGAACGUCGAUCAAUUUUUGGAACAACUGAUUCAGGAGUAUAGAAUUAGAUACUCAGAUAUUGAAAGUCCUGUAGAUACCAAUGGAUGCUCCCUUACUGACCCCAAACAUAAUGGGCUUCCAUGCUAUGAUGAAGCUUUACUGAUGCCCAAGCCACAAAAAGAUGGUGCAAACCCAGGAAGUAAUGAGAGGAUCAGCCAAAAUGAAGAAUUUUUACCAACAUAUGAGAGUGCAAUAAGUCGAUGAGAUGAAUUGCUUUUAAUGUGAUAGUUAAUUGUAGGAAUUUAUCCAAGAGAUGUGAUUAAUAGAUUGUGAAAUAUCA